CACUGUACCUCUCUCUGCCCCCCUCUCUCUCUCUCUCCCUCUCUGAGACAGCAUGGCUCAUGCACCCUGACCAACUCAGCUGUCCGGAAUCUCACUGUUGAGGACUAUCACAUCAUUUAAUCUUGAAUACCAUAAAACAUACAGUUCUGACGCGCGUUUGUAUGCUUUGGUCGCUUUUCGUCCACGAAGGCAGUUGGCUCUCCGGAGCGUCGGCUCGCUGAACCCUGACAGUUUGAGGACAACAAUCUGGACAACGUCUGCGUAAAUGUAGUUUUUAAACGUCAGGUUUGACUAUAUGAACAGAAAUUCACAUUCACAUAUUGGAGAAUAAGGAACGCGUGGACGGAUGCUGUUGUUUUCGUUUACCACAACUAACUGCAUUUGCCGGCGUUUAAACCGCGUUGACUGUCUGACGGGCUUUGGAAUGGAAAGUGAAAAACAUUCAAGGACCUGAAAUUUGUAUGAUCUUGUGGAAAACUAACACAUUUGUGGCUCGCAAGAGAGGAUGCGCUUGAGAUGAACGCAUUAUCAGACCGGACAAUUGACAGACAGCGAACAUAGUAACCUGCUUCUGUGUUUAUGUUUAAUCGCAGUCCGAUUCUUCUCAUAAUUCAAUGUUACUGUGACUCUUAAAGACUUGAGCAUCGCUUCCAUUGCUGUUGUAUUGAACUAUCGACACUUUAGUACAGCGUCAUUUAAGUUGUUUUAUAAAGAGAAUUUCUCACGUGGGAUAUUUCACAAAAACAUACGCGAAACGCCCGUCUGCCGAUCGGUCACGGUCAAUCCACCAACGCUGUGUUAUAUUGAACAGACUGAAACUUUCAGAGAUGCUGCAGGUGGAAAUGUUUUAUUUUGUGUGUAUCAGCCUGUGGAUGACUGUGUUGGGCCUGGAGCCGGCGUCUAAGGUUGUAGCAGAUCGCUAUGCCGUCUACUGGAACCAAACAAAUCCAAGGUUCUACAGGGGAGACUACCACAUAGACGUUUGCAUUAAUGAUUAUUUGGACGUCUACUGUCCUCACUACAUUGACACGGUUCCUGAGGAGAGGACGGAACGGUACGUUCUCUACAUGGUCAACUACGAUGGUUAUAGUUCCUGUGACCACACGGCCAAAGGUUUCAAGCGCUGGGAGUGCAAUCGACCCCAUUCGCCCAACGGGCCCCUGAAGUUCUCUGAGAAAUUUCAGCUCUUCACGCCUUUCUCACUGGGGUUUGAAUUUCGGCCAGGCAGAGAAUACUACUAUAUCUCGUCCACGGUGAGUGAAAACGGAAGACGGGGCUGCCUGAGGCUGAAAGUUUUCGUCAGACCUUCGAACAACUGCGAUAAAAGUCACGACCGCGUCGUCAAGAUCAACGACGGAGAUGUGAACUCUAUAGAAAAUAAUAACGAUGGGACGAGUCAUGAAUCUGCCGAGCCGUCCCGAGGAGAUGUGAACGGCGUGGGGUGCGUUCAGACUAUAGGGCCUUUGUUGACCUCAGCGCUGGUUCUUCUGGUUUCCCUCUCAACAUUAUAGCAUCUGUACGUGCAGUGACGCACCUGAAGCAUGAUACGGGACUCGUGAACGAGCACUUUUAGCAAACAUUUGAGAUUGUCUCUCGCUAGCAAAGUAGUAGCGGAAGAUACUACAAGGCUUAAAAAUGUUUCUUAUCCCACAGCGAUAUGACUGGACGGUUUACAGUAAGCCCCACCUCACCAAAAACCUCUCUUAUAUACACAAUAAACCCACAAAAAUACGGCACAUAAAAAUAGGUCCGUGUCCUCUAAAUGCCCUGUAUGUAAGGGCCUUGAAACCGGGGGGCAGUGAAAGAAAUACUUUUUUCCUCGCCACAAAGACUGCUUUCAGUGUUGCCGUCCAGAAGAGAGAAGCAACCAGGAGCUUCUGUCAAUAAAAGGACUAAUUAUGUGCGAGGAAUCUGUCUCCUGUUGCAUUGUGGGUAAACUUCAUCACAACGGACUCAACCGCUAACUUCAAUAGAUAUCAAGGCAAACUCCCUCGAAUGAAAGGGAGCUUUUUAAUAUCUAAACCAGAGGAGUCUGCGCGGACUCAGGUGCUCAGGUGAACAGUGACACAUUUUCGGAGAGUUCUCGUAGAUGAAAAAAAGAAAAGCACUCGUUUUGUACAUUGUGUACAGGUGUGGGAGUGAAAGGCAGGCGCGGCGGUGAUGAAGUAAACAGCACGAUUUAAGUGUAGAUGCCAAAAUUGACAUUUUGUUAGCAAGUACGGAGCCUCGCUGAUCAACUGUUUGAAUGAAUAUACUAAUUUGUUUGGUGAAUCAUCAUUUUCUUAUUUAUUGUUCAGUCUUAGUGCUCUUGACACUUGUGCUAGCGGAUUCAGGAGGAGAGGAACACAAAAUGCCUAACUUCACAUAACUUAUCUCUUUCUUUAAAUGAAUAACAGCAUUGCAUAACUUUCGAUUAUGGACUGAUAUUUUAGUGAAUUAUGUCAAUCCUUGAAAUGACAUCAGGGAACAUUUUUGUUUUGGACCGAUACCACGUUUGCAAUCCAUAUCUUGUCAGUCAGGAAGGAGAAAAAUGUUUUGUAAAUGCUUCCUGUGGUUUUCCCUCAGAGUAAUACAAUGAAUAGCGUUAGCGUUGUCAUUUGGUCCGCAAGAUGAGCUCAUAUCUUUGCCAAACGAAUCGUUCAUUUACACAUAAUGUAUCAAAAAGGAUUCUUUUUUUGUAAGCAUGAAUAAUGAAAUUAUUUUCCCAUAUUCUAAAGACGCAAUUCCCACGUGGACUUUUCCUAAUCGAAUUACAUUUCAGCCGCACGUUUGUUUUGUUCUUUGAAACCGCGUAAACUUAAAGCCCACGUGGGAGCGACUUAAACAAGUAGCAGAACGCUGACAGAACGGCUGCUUCCACCCCGGUGGCAUCUGACGCCCUGACGUGAUUUAAUAGGCUCUUUGAUGUUGUCCAAAGUGCCUGGCACGCAGACCACAUACUGCGAGGCCUCAUGUGGGUUAUUUCUGGAAUUAAAAAAUUGACUGCGGCACGGGAGAAGCGCGGUGUCCGGUUCGGCCGCGGGCUAGCAUUACUCCCGUGAUCUCGGGCAGACAUGGGGAAAGAUGAGAUCUCCUGCUAGGAUCAAUAGUGUAUGGCCUUUAGAGACACAAAAACAGGGUAAAUAUUUUCCCCGGUCCCUGUACACUUGCUUGAAUGGUUUUCACGCACCGCUAAAAUCAUUGGUUGUUUUCUAGUCAUAUCUGUGUCUCCCCUGGACUGAGCACAUUACUGUAGCGUUUGAUUUUAAUAUUAUGUGGCUGUAGGCAUGCACGUAUCCGAGCACAUGGGUUCUGUGAAUGCUGUGUUUCGGGAAGUCACGACCAUAAUGUUUAGGAACAACUGGUUUGAAAGAAAUAAUCUUAAUAUCAAAUACACGUUUUAUGGAAUGCAGGGGGGUAUAAAGUACUUGAGUGAUUAUACUUCAUACUUGAGUCUCUUUUUAAGGAAUUAUUGUUGAACUCUUUCGCUUACAUUUGUAUGGAAAAAACGUACUGAGUUUUAUUAAGAAGGCUACAUAUUUCAUAGGCCUCUAAUUAAAAACAUCAUACACUCAAAUACACAUUUUUAAUAUAAUAUAAUAAAAUGCUAACAUUUUUAUCUUCAUGCAUGUUUUUGGUUAGAUACUUUAACUUCUACAUGCAUACGCACUUGACAGCGCUAAAACUAAACAAGUGUAAUUUCUCAGUAUUUUUACACCCCUGGUGCUAAUUAACAGUUAAAUGUCUAAAUGUUUGUUAAAUCAACACUGUCAUUGUUAAAUCAUUUGCCAAACAUUUUCAAGUCUGAAAAGCUCUGCUGUUGCACCAAUAAGAAAAAAGGACUUUGCGUCGACUUCCUUUAGAAAACAUUAUUUUUGAAAAAUGGCUGCAGCGUCUGUUUUUGUCCAUGCGUUUCAGCACUAAAAUUCCCCUUUGCCAUUUGAGAAUUUGAGGUCAAAGGGAUGCAUAUGAAAUGCUAUAUCAUUCAGUUCUUGUUUUCCUGGGUUUUUCACCUCAAGGCAGUUGUGUUCCUAUUUUCUCUCGUUGCGUCUUUUUAUCCCUGAGAUAUUAUUCAGUGUUAGACAUAAUUUUAUAAUUCAUACCACACCUGCUGCUUCCUUCAUACAGCUGUGAAGAAGGUAUCUAAAGCACCAUUUCCCUAAGCUCAUUGGCUGUGUUGCCUGAAUAUUAGACUUUUGCUGUACAGUUACAGUUUCUGACGGUGCAGCACCGACUUGCAUUAUAUGACACGUUUUUAUAUCUUCAAAUGCCAUUGUUUGUAAAUACACUUGCUGGAGCAGCUCAAAUAAAUUACAAAUGAUUCAAUAAAUUUG